AUGUGCUCAACCUCACAUGCACCCUCAUUCAUAACUAACUUAACCAACUACAAGAUCAACCUGUUCAAGCUCACGUUGAGGAGUGUGUUCGUGGUGACAUCAACCGUGGUCUCCAUGGUCCUGCCAUUCUUCGGUGGUGCCGUGGGGUUUCUCGGGGAGCUCGGGUUCUGGCCCCUGACUGUGUUCUUCCCGGUCGAGAUGUAUAUCAGUAGCCACAAGAUUCCUAAGUGGAGCUCAAGAUGGACCAGUUUGCAGAUAAUGAGUGGGGCUUGUUUGGUCAUAUCUAUUGCUGCUGCUGCUGGCUCAGUUGCUGGAGUUGUUUCUGAUCUCAAGGUUUACAAGCCUUUCAAGACUAGCUAUGAGGAGUUGUAG